CACUCUCCACUAAGUGUGACAUUGAUUUCUUCAUCAUUAGAAUGGCCUCCUAUUGGUUUCUCUUAUUGCUACUCAUCAUGUCUUUCAUGGCCUCACCUUUACCAUCCCUAACUUCUUCUCAAAUAAGUUCAGAUACCCCUACUAUUUCAGCUUCACCAGUGUCUAUGUCAAACCCUCCGCUGUCUCCUUUCCAAGAAUUGUCACCAGAUAUUGUUCCCUUGUUGCCCUCUCCUGGUGAAGUUGUGCCCACAACUGGCUCAUCCAUGCCCACCAUUCCUUCCACCCCAAGUCCUCCAAACCCCGAUGACUUGAUGGCGGCAGGUCCCGGUUCUGCAUUUUCACCAUUCGGAUCAUUAUCAGCUUCCUCCACAUCUCCUAGAAUUUCAGUUCGGUCUUUCCACUUAGCAGCUUUUUCGGUUGUGGCAGCAUAUUGCUUAAUGCAGCUUGUUAGAGUACUAUCCUUAAGGACUUAGGAUUUCCUUGCUGCAAAUUGCUGGUGAACAAUAAGGCGGCACAUGGUUUUGUGUGCCCGCAACUCUGUUUGGCACGUGAGACACACCAAAGGACCAGAAAUUCGGUGUUCCUUUUAUUGAAGAAUCCAUCACGGUGGUUGAUCAUGCUUAAUAUAACACUGGUGUUUAGGUGAACCUGUUUUGUCUGAUUCUGCCAUCUUCCAUAAGAGGGUCUUCUUCUAUCUUUUUAUUUUUCUCCCUUUCUACUUUUGGAGUCCAUGCCGGCCUAAGAAC